AGAAAAAGAAUAGAAUCGAGUGAAUGAGGACAAGGAAUCCGAUACCGCCUUUACUUCCAUUCCCUUCCAUUGAAACUGUUAUUUGGCAGUAGUGUUUACAAACAGACUGGAAUCUAUUGACAUUAUUUAAUGUUUAAUUUUCAGAUACAAUACUAAAGAAAACACGUUAGAUGCAUAAUAAAAAGAUACAGGAAAGAAUCUAAAAAUAUACAAUGUGUAGUCUUAACCAUCUUUAAUAUGAUUUUCAAGUACAGUUAAUGAGAGCCAUUACUGAACUUCCAAUCACAGGGAGAACAAGAAUUUAUAUUCUGACAUAAGAAUAAAAACCACAGAAUACGUUACUUACAAUGACUGUGGAUAACGCGAACAGCAAUGAACAAGUUAUUCUGGUAACAGGUGGUUACGAUCACACUAUCAAAAUAUGGCAACCACACACAGGAGUUUGUCAACGAGUGUGCGAGCAUACAGACUCGCAAGUAAAUGCCCUGGACAUUACUCCAGGUAAAUAUCUAAUAGCUGCUGCUGGAUACCAACAUAUACGAAUGUACGACUUAGUUUCAAACAAUCCAAAUCCAAUAAUUAAUUACGAAGGAGUAUCGAAAAAUAUCGCUGGCUUGGGCUUUCAGGAGGAAGGUAAAUGGAUGUACACUGGUGGUGAGGACUGUUCAGCCAGAAUUUGGGAUCUCAGAUCGAGUAGCUUCCAAUGCCAGAGGAUAUUCCAAGUAUCAGCACCCGUAAAUUGUGUAUGCCUACACCCUAAUCAAGCAGAACUCAUAGUUGGAGAUCAGAGCGGUGUUAUACAUCUGUGGGACCUGCGUUCAGAUCACAAUGAACAACUGAUACCAGAGGCUGAAGCAUCUGUGCAAGAUGUUGCGAUCGACCAGGACGGUACUUACAUGGCGGCUGUGAAUAAUAAAGGUCAUUGUUACAUUUGGACGCUUACCGGCGGUGUGGGAGACGAGCCUACGCGGCUUAAUCCUCGGCACAAACUUAUAGCGCACAAACGUUAUGCGCUUCGAUGCAAGUUUAGUCCCGAUUCUACGCUCUUGGUAAUCACGUCCGCGGAUCAGACUGCUCGUGUUUGGAAAACGACCGACUUCUCAGAGGUACAAGUACUCGAACACGAGUCGAAACGAUGGGUUUGGGACGCGGCAUUUAGCGCAGAUUCGCAGUACAUAUUUACUGCUUCAUCCGACGGUGUCGCACGAUUGUGGAACGUGUCCAGUGGAACAGUGGAGCGAGAAUAUCAGGGUCAUCCCGCUCCCUGA